GGUGAAUUGAUCACACUCGGGGUUAUGAUUCCAAUCUUUGACAGUACUGCUCUAAACCCUAAACCUACCAUGGAUGAAUUGGAAGCAUUCGAGCGUGAUUACGAACCGGGUAUGGGUAUUGAGACUAUAGGCGGUCAGUAUUUUCGCCCUACCGAAUACGAAUUGAUUGACGAAUUUCUGAAGAAAAAGAUCGGACGUCGCCCUCUUCCCAACGAGAUCAUCAAAGAGAUUCCAUUUUUGUACGAGUAUCCUCCUGAACUUCUCCCAAUUUGGAAGUUCAAGUAUGCGAGGAACUAUGAGGCAUACUAUUUUACCCACAAAGGUAAAAAACCAAAUGGUGAGUUUCUUGGAGGAAAGAAUUUUGAAGGUCAAUGGAAAACUGAAGGUCCCGAAGAGCCAUGUUUUGGUCAGAACCAAAUUCUGGGGUUCAAAAGAAAGCUAUACUUUUACCGCAGUGAGAAGAGGACAGGUUGGGUGAUAAAGGAGUACAGAUACAAUCCAAAGCGAGUUCCUGCCCAUUAUCUUCAGAAUAGGUUCUUUCAUGGCUUCUUAUUAAAUUACGUGGUCUUGAAAAUUAAGUUCAAUCCAGACUUGAGGGAGAAAUUUACUGCAGAAGAAUCAUUUUCAAUUUCAAUGGAAGAUGCAAAAGACUUGGAUGUUUUCCAGGACUUUGAAGGUUAAGCAAGAGAUUAUCUACACCACCUGACUAAAUGAAGCCUAUAUGAAGCUGGUAUGAAGGAGUCUAAUGAACAGAGAACAUAGUUUUUCUUCAUCCUUUGAGGUUCAAACAGAAAUUUUUACUGUUAUGCAUACUUUUGAUUGCAUAAUAAGGUAUAGCUGUAGCUAUAGGAGUAUCACAAAAUUGUUGAUGUGUGGAUUUGUGGUUUUCACUAUAGUGUAGGUGUAGCAUUAGAUGUUUGUGCAAAUUGGAUAGCCACGCAAUUUGGAAACCCAUUACUUGGCUAACAUGUUUUUGAUUCCCAAUUCAUUUUCCCACUUCUAAAUGUUAAUUAUGUUAGUGUGGAACUGUGGUGUUACAAUGCUUCAUGUAGGCUUCUCUAUUACUACUAUCCAAAAUAAAAAGAAGCUGUUGGAGUUAA